AUGACUUCUAGACGCAACGGAGGCUCUAUCGGGUACAGAGCACAUAAAGUCUAUCAUUUACCAAAGAGCCCAGCCAGGCCCCAUAUCCGUUCCAACCCACCCCGGAUACACCGCCAUGACCAUGACCCUUUCUCUUUCGACUCAUCCGCAUAUUGCACAGCCAACAGGUCCAAUGCCGCUUUGCUUACUGAAUCGUCGCUGAGCGCACCCUCCGUGUUGGAGACGCUACGAUAUGAUUUUCCCUCCUCUUCGACGGAGAGCGAGGAGAAAGGCGGAGAUGAUGCAGUGCGGGUUCGUGGAAAUGGAAGAGGCGUCGAGUUCUUGGACAAGAAGGUGCUAUGCCGCUUUGGCGAUGGAGGCGUCAGAGAUGACGUCGACGUCGGUGAUCGUGCUGAUGCCUUUGAGUGGAGUGGUACUACGAACGGUGGCUAUGACGGUGGUGUUGGGGUGGAUUUGGAGCGCUUGAGAAAGGGUAUCGUUAUGUUCAAUUUGGAGGUGGUCAAUCGUCCGACCGUCUACCUUUCACUGGAGUACUGGUGCACCAUCAACAGCGAUCUACCCGUCACAAAUUCUGUCAGCGCCAUAGCGGGAUUUUAA